AGACGGAAUUUGCUGAGUCGCAGAGGAUUCGCCACAAGCAACAGCGCUUGCUGCUGCUUCGUCAUGCAUCCCGCUGUCAACAUGAAGCGGGGAAAUGCCCAGCUACCCCUCACUGCGCUAGUAUGAAGCGACUUUGGAGACAUAUUGCAAAUUGUAAGGAUCAGGACUGCUCUGUUCAACAUUGUCUUAGUAGUCGCGGCGUUCUCAGCCAUUAUCGACGGUGUAAAGAUGCGCUCUGUCCUGCAUGUGGGCCUGUCCGAGAAACUAUACGGAAAAGUCAUGAGAUGGAAAGUCAAAGCAAUCCACAAGGGGUACCGUCCGACAAUCGGUUUAUGGGUCGAGAUGAUUCGUUCGGUCGGUCAAGUUCCGUUACAUCGCCAACCGAACAGGAACCGAAGCGUAUGAGAACAGAACAUCGCCCUAGCGCGGCGUCUAUAAAAUCAGCGCGCUCUACGCCUGUGAGCGCGCCUCCUUUGAAGCAAGAACCCCCUCGAAGCAUAGGCAAAGGUGAGAAAGUAGCUCCAUCUGCUGAAAAAGAUUCGAAAGGAAGUGUCGACCGAUCACUCCUCGAGAGUUUCUCGGUGAAGGAGCUCGAAACUCAUUUGCGAUCGCUGGAACGAGAGACCCAACUUCCUCCGGCGAAGCUCAAGUCUAAAUGUCUGGAUGUAUUAAAGGGUUUAAUGGCUCACCAACACGGUUGGGUUUUCAAUGGUCCAGUCGAUCCAGUUGAGCUCGGUCUUGUUGAUUAUUUUGAAAUUAUCAAGAAGCCCAUGGACCUCGGCACCAUUCAAAAGCGUUUGGAAAGUAGUGCAUACCACUCCAUCGAUGACUUUAAAACGGAUAUCUUCUUAACUUUUGAGAAUGCAAUGGUGUAUAAUGAGGAUGGUUCCGUUGUCUACGACAUGGCGAAGCAGCUGAAGGUUAAAGCCGAAUCUGACAUGAAGAGACUUGUGGCACAACUGGAAACAGAAGACCUUGAAAGACGCCAGAAUGAACGCGCGUGCACCUUGUGUGGUUCAGAGAAACUGUUGUUUGAACCUCCUGUUUAUUUUUGUAACGGAAUUAAUUGUCAAUCGCAGCGGAUCCGACGAAACAGUCACUUCUAUAUCGGAGGAAACAACCAAUACUUUUGGUGUAGCCCUUGCUUUAAUGAACUUGAUGAUAAAAUUCCGAUUGAGCUUGCCGACUUGACAGUCAUGAAAAACAAUCUGAAGAAGAAAAAGAAUGACGAGAUUCACGAGGAGAGCUGGGUACAGUGUGACACUUGCGAACGGUGGGUUCACCAGAUAUGUGGACUUUUUAACACCCGUCAGAAUAAAGAGCACCACAGCGAGUACUGUUGUCCUAAAUGUUUGCUUGAAAAACGCAAAACUGUUUCAAUAACUCCAGCGCCGAAGCCAUUGCUGGCUGCGGACUUGCCGCGGACUACUUUAUCGGAGUGGCUAGAACGCAGUGUCACUAAGAAAGUGGAAAAAAGGAAGAGAGAACUGGCCGAAGAGCGUUCGCAGAAUGAGGGGAUAUCUCUUGAAGAAGCUUUGCGACAGGUAGAAAGUGGCGGCCCAAUAAUAAUUCGUCAAGUUACCGCGAUGGAUAGAAAGCUUGAGGUUCGCGAGCUGAUGAAAAAGCGAUAUGCACACAAGAAUUAUCCUGACGAAUUUCCCUUUCGGUGCAAAUCGAUUGUCGUUUUUCAGCAUCUUGACGGAGUUGAUGUCAUUCUGUUUGCGUUGUAUCUCUACGAACACGGUGAAGACAAUCCUCCGCCCAACCAACGAACCGUGUACAUCUCAUAUCUGGACAGUGUUCACUUUAUGAGGCCUCGCAAACUCCGGACCUUUGUGUACCAUGAGAUUCUGAUUGCCUAUUUGGACUACGCUAGGCGACGGGGAUUUGCAACUGCUCAUAUUUGGGCAUGCCCACCUUUGAAGGGUGACGAUUACAUUUUCUACGCUAAACCAGAAGACCAGAAGACUCCGAGAGAUUCACGACUGCGCCUUUGGUACAUUGACAUGCUCGUAGAAUGUCAAAAAAGGAGUAUCGUCGGCAAAGUAACGAAUAUGUACGAUAUUUAUUUCGCAGACCCGAAUUUGGACGCCACUGCUGUUCCCUAUUUGGAGGGCGACUAUUUUCCUGGUGAAGCGGAGAAUAUUAUAAAAAUGCUCGAAGAAGGUGGAGGCAAGAAACUUGGGUCAGUGGGGAAAAAGAAGAAAAGCAAAUCGUCGAAAGCGCAGAAGAAUAAGGGAGGAAAUACGGGUACUAGAUCCACUGGAGUCGACGAAGAAGCGCUUAUUGCGAGUGGUAUUCUGGAUGGAACCAAGAGUUUAAAGGACCUUGAUCGUGAUCAGGUCAUGGUGAAGCUGGGUGAAACGAUUCAGCCUAUGAAGGAAAGUUUUAUAGUAGCGUUCUUAAAUUGGAAAGAUGCUCGCGAAGAAGAUAUGAUAGUCCCAGAAGAAAUCGAAAUGGCUAGGAUUGAAUACGCAGCGAAAGGUGAUCCAGAGCUUGUUGGAAGCAAACGUGAUGCUGCUGGAAACAUGAGAGACGCUACGUCGAAGACGGGCGCGAAUGGAGAGCCUGUAAAGGUUAUUGAUGACGACGCUGAAGAUCUAGAUUGCGAGUUUUUGAACAAUCGCCAAGCAUUCUUGAAUCUUUGUCGAGGAAACCAUUAUCAAUUUGACGAGCUCCGGCGAGCAAAGCAUACUUCAUUGAUGCUCCUUUGGCAUCUACAUAACAGAGAUGCACCAAAAUUUGUGCAGCAGUGCGUUUCUUGCAGUCGCGAAAUCCUCAGUGGCAAACGUUUUCACUGCGACACGUGCCCUGACUAUGAUCUCUGUCAAGAUUGCUACAAAGACCCUAAGGCAAACAGAGGUAACUGUACGCACGCUCUUAAACCACUCGCCGUUGAAGCUGAUUCCGGACAGGAUCGCAGUGGGCUAUCAGAGCAAGAACGCAUGCAACGCCAGCGAAACCUGUUGUUACACAUUCAACUUAUCGAACACGCUUCAAGGUGUUCCUCUCAGACAUGUUCUUCAUUAAAUUGCGCAAAAAUGAAAAAAUAUCUGCAGCAUGCUCGUGUCUGCAAGGUUAAAGUAUUAGGAGGGUGCAAGAUUUGCAAAAAGAUCUGGACCUUACUCCGAAUUCAUGCGCAGAAAUGUAAGGAUACAAAUUGCCCCAUUCCACAAUGCAAUGCGAUUCGUGAGAAGAUGAGGCAACUGCAAAAGCAGCAGCAGGCUAUGGACGACCGGCGCCGUCUGGAAAUGAAUCGUCACAUGCGUUUCUCCACCGCAGGAGGCUCUUGAGAAACCGAAAAUAUUUUUCGUAAUAUAAUAGAGCUUUGUUUUCAUAUUUUA